AUGCUUCGUUUCCUUCAAUUGUUGAUAGUGGUCCACCUCGUGGAAUGCUAUGAAGAGCUCCCUGGGUACACAUCAGGUGCCAGACCUGAACUCAAUUACGAUGGGAGGAAAUUGAAAUUUGGGAUGGGUUCGAUCAAAGAUUCAGACGUUGCCGCUUCCUACAUGCAGAUUCCUGUAGGCGAUGGUUCACAUCUUCGCGUGCCGAAAGCAUUUUAUCAUUACACGGAACGAGACGCAGGAGCAGAUGCCGGCUGGGGAAUUCCCAGCGACGGCCGACUCAUGUCUCUGAAUUCGAUGGUCAAGAAUAACAGGAAAGAAAUCAAUGGGAUGUUCCUGCCGCUUCCAAAUAUGGACCCAAUCAAUCUUCACUUUAUCACGCAGAGAACUUUCGAGAAAGGGAUCGACACUUCCGCUCACGACCAAGAAAGCACUCUCGAAGCGGCAAAACGUGUAUGCCUGACGUCAUCCGAAAUUGAAUGCGAAAAAGCUCUUCUCCAUUACCACCGAACGAAAGCGCAGUCCAUUCGCGAACGAAGAAGGCCUUUAUAUCAACAACUGAUGAACCUGGGUGAUCUUACCUCCUAUUCAACGUUGCGUGAUCGAGAAGGUAAAGGAAUGGGUGUUGUGGUUGGAGUACCCGGGUAUGACCCGUUGUAUGUUGGUGCUGCCCUGGAUUCGAACAAGGAUAGCAACUUAGGACUACGAUUUUCACCACCGCAAUAA